AUGGUCAUUCUUGUCGGCAACGUAUGGCCUGCGUUGGGGGGAUCUAUUCUCACCACCAUCUACAAUGGUGGGCCUCCCGGCGUUCUCUACGAGUUUAUUGUCGCCUCACUCUUCUACUUCACGGUCGCCGCUUCUCUGGCAGAGCUUGCGUCCGCGAUGCCAUCUUCGGCCGGGCCAUAUCUCUGGGCAUCAGUGACCCCGGGGAAGAGUUAUGGCCGUGCCAUUGGCUUCUUUGCUGGUUGGUGGAGUACACUUGCCUGGAUUCUCGCAGCGGCAUCGAUGAGUGCUAUAUGUGGUAACAAUCUCAUCGUUCAGAUGUACGCCUUCUCCCAUCCCUCGUUCUCGGUACAGCCCUGGCACGUCUUCGUGACAUAUCUCCUCAUCACCUGGAUCGCCUGCUCAAUCGUGUGCCUAUUCAACAAGCAAAAGCCCUUACUGAAUCAGAUUGGCAUUUUCGUCACUGUCUGUGGCGUCCUCAUCACUAUCAUUAUCUGCGCUGUCUGUCCGUCUCAGUCUGGACAACCGGGUCAUGCUAGCAACGCCACAGUCUGGAUCGACUGGACUGCCGAUAUUGGCUAUCCCAAUGGUUUCGUUUUCGUCGCAGGCAUGCUGAACGGUUCCUACGCCAUGGGCACGCCCGAUUCCACCAGCCAUCUCGCCGAGGAGAUCCCCUCCUUAUCUAACAACAUACCCAAAGCGAUUGCCAUGCAAUAUAUCACCAGCUUCGUCUCUGGCCUCGCCUACCUCAUCACGAUUCUGUACGCCAUCAACGACUACGAUGCACUCCUCGUCUCUGCGUUCCCAAUCGCUGAGAUCUACCACCAGGCCACGAACAGCACCGCUGGAACAAUCGGCCUGCUCUUCUUGCUUCUGCUACCCACCUUCAUCUGCGUCAUCGCGCUGUACAUGACAUGCGGACGCGCUCUCUGGGCGCUAUCGCGCGACGGCGCCACACCCCUACCCGCUGUGAUCAGCCACGUCAACCUCAAACUCGACCUCCCCGUCAACGCGACGCUCAUCUGCUGCGGCAUCAUGACCGCCAUGGGCUGCAUAUAUGUCGGGAGCAGCGCCGCAUUCAACACAUUCGUGGGCAGCUUCGUACUCCUAUCAUCAUCAUCCUACAUCGCGUCUCUGCUUCCACUCGCGCUGCGAGGGAGAAAGGGGAUCGAAUUUAGUGUCUUUCGCUUGCGCGGCGGACUCGGCUUCCUUUUGAACUUCCUUGCGUGUGGGUUUAUGCUCAUGACGUUCGUCGUCUACUGCUUUCCGUACAGCAGACCGGUUUCGGCGGCGUCGAUGAACUAUUCGUGCCUCAUUUGGGGCAGCCUAACGCUCUUGGUGGCGCUGUGGUGGACUGUACAUGCGAGGAGAGAGUAUCGGGGGAUCUCUAUCCCGGCGGCGCAGGCAGCACAUCUUCUAGAGUAG